AUGGUGAUGGGCUCCGAUUGGUCUGUCAUGCAGAGUGGGGCUCCAGAUAUGACUGAACCAAGGAAAAAUGCAAAUCUAAGUCCAUUCGAGAGUUGGAGGAGUGCUUACUUCUGCAUGCAGAAUACAUCAUAUUAUUGCACGAUAAAAGAUGGAUACACAAUUGGAAUGGAGGGUGUGAUAAAUGUGCAUGAUUCUGAUAUCAAGAACUUUUGCAACAAUGGAUGCUAUGACCACACUUUAUAUGUCUUAACUUGCAUCAAAGAUGUUAAGUCAGACUUCUUCUUCCAGACCAAGCAACCCGUCUCUUAUGUCUGGAAUGUUACUUCCAGGGCUUGCGCUAGUCAGCUUAAUGGUUUCAAUACAAAUGUUACUGCUCAUAAUCCAAACAGUGGGAGCAGAGUGUACGGUAGAGUUCAUAUGUCCCUUGUUUCAGCACUAACCACCAUGGCCUUCAUUGCCACAUUUGCUGUGUGA